CUACCAGCUACACGGUGGGCACCAUGUCGGAGCGCUUUGAUUGCCACUAUUGCCGGGACAACCUGCACGGGAAGAAGUAUGUGCAGAAGGAAGGGCGCCACUGCUGCAUCAAAUGCUUCGAGAAGUUCUGCGCAAACACCUGCACCGAGUGCAAGAAACCCAUCGGGGCCGAUUCCAAGGAACUGCAUUUCAAGAACCGCUACUGGCAUGAGAACUGCUUCCACUGCUUUAAGUGCUCUGUGUCUCUGGUCAAUGAGCCCUUCAUGCUGAAGGAGCACAACAAAGUGUGGUGCAACAAGUGCACUAUGGAUCAGGCCCCCCACUGCAAGGGCUGCCAGAAGCCCAUCGUGGCAGGUAGGACUCCUCUCGGCUGCCUUGCGCCCCUUUGCUUCUUGCCCCCCUCGAUCAUGGAGCAUUGCCCUGGGACAGCCAGCAGGCUUACGGAACAUUUCUCUUACCAAGAUACUUACAUAACAUGA